GCUCUCUGCGGCUGUUUUGGCGUCGUCACCAGUCCGGCAGGUGCGCGGACGAAGGUAGCCUCCAAAGAAGACAGGAAGAUGGUGAAGGUUGGGAUCAAUGGCUUCGGCCGAAUUGGAAGGCUUGUCCUGCGGGCGGCUCUGCUCAACCACCCCGGAAUCGAGGUGGUCGCGGUGAACGACCCCUUCAUCGACACCAAGUACAUGGUGUAUAUGUUCAAAUACGACUCCGUGCACGGUCAGUUCAAGGGCGAGAUCUCGGCCAAGGAUGAGAAAACUCUCGUCAUCAAUGGCAAGGAUGUUGCCGUGUACGGGUCGAGAGACCCCGCGGCCAUCCCCUGGUCGGAGACCGGGGUCGACAUAGUUGUCGAGUCCACCGGAGUGUUCACCGACAAGGACAAGGCGGCGGCGCAUCUCAAGGGCGGCGCCAAGAAGGUGAUCAUCUCCGCGCCGUCGAAAGACGCCCCCAUGUUUGUUGUUGGCGUCAAUGAAGAUAAAUACACGGAUGACCUGACAAUCGUCUCCAACGCCAGCUGCACGACCAACUGCCUCGCGCCGCUGGCCAAGGUCAUUAACGACAACUUCGGCAUCGUCGAGGGGUUGAUGACCACUGUGCAUUCGCUGACGGCGACGCAGAAGACCGUCGAUGGGCCGUCUGGUAAGGACUGGAGAGGCGGACGCGGAGCAGGAUUCAACAUCAUUCCAAGYUCGACGGGAGCAGCCAAGGCGGUGGGCAAGGUGCUUCCCGAGCUCAAUGGAAAGYUGACGGGCAUGGCUUUCCGUGUGCCAACGGCAGACGUGUCCGUUGUGGACUUGACUGUGAGACUGGCCAAGCCAGCGUCGUACGAUGCCAUCAAGAAGUGCGUCAAAGAGGCGUCAGAGGGAUCACUCAAAGGAAUUCUUGGGUACACCGAAGAUGACAUCGUAUCCACCGAUAUCAUCGGGGAUUCUCACUCCAGCGUCUUCGAUGCCAAGGCGGGAAUUGCACUCAACGACAACUUUGUCAAGCUAGUCUCGUGGUACGAUAACGAGUGGGGCUACAGCAACCGCGUCGCCGACCUGAUCCAGAAAAUCGCCUAGAUGUGAGCAGAGAAAACGGCUGUGGGGGUGCAGUCCUCCACACCUGCUGUCGUUCAUCACAUGUCUGUCGCGCCACAUGAGCCAGAACGCACGUGUGUACGAUUAUGCAUGUGUAUGUGUACGUGUACGCGAGAGAGAGAGAGAGAGAGAGAGAGAGAGAGAGAGAGAGAGAGUCAGGCUAAGCGGGAUGACAACUUUGGAUUGCUGAUAGGCUGUCUCUUAUACACAUCUAGAUGUGUAUAAGAGACAGCACGUAGACAGGUAUUGGACAAUGUAAUGACCAUCUCUCAAGCACUGGAAUGAAUUAAAACCAAUGGA